AUGGAGAAGGCGGUUCAAGUGUGCGUUAAAUCUACCAAAACGUGGAAGAAAAACACCGAAACGCAAACAGUGAUUUCAUCUUUAGAAGUGAAAAGCGUGGGUACACAGUGUGGGGGAGAAAAGCAUGACAGUUACAAUCGUGAGGAAAAGUUGAAACACUGGACGUAUGAUCUUUUAAGAGACGAAGUUCUCAGAAGCAAAGAGGAAAUCAUACAAUGGUGUAUGGAUGAAGGACUAAUUGCAAAAAGUCGACUCUGCUGUCACUGUGACCUUCCAAUGAAACUUGUAAAAUGCGAGGACCGCUCUGAUAAAUACAAAUGGGAAUGCCGUAAAAGCGUGAAUGGCAAGAGGCACAAGGUCGAGAUAUCAAUUCGGAAAGGCAGCUGGUUUGAAAAAAGCAACAUGACCCUUGAAGAAGUGUUGAAGUUUACUUAUUGGUGGUGCCGUGAUGUGAGACAAGAGGAAAUACGACAUGAGUUGAAUAUUGCCGCUCAUACAGCAGUUGACUGGGAUAGCUUUUGUCGAGAAACGUGCGAAGUUGGCUUAUGGAACGCGAACAUCCAAUUGGCGGUCCUGGCAAGAUUGUGCAGAUUGACGAAAGCAAAUUUGGGAAGAGAAAGUAUCAUCGUGGACAUCGUGUGGAAG